AUGGCAAGGUGUGCAUAUCUAUUUUCCUUGCUAGUAUCUUGCAUACUUCUUGCGGAUUCUAAUGUGUUUGGACAGCCCUGCCAAAAUCCGGACAAGACGAAUCUGAAUAGUAUUCGGAACGAGAUUAACCAGGUGGAACAGGAGUAAGUGUAGAAAAGUUGUUUGAUAUUUCAAAGAAAACUGAAACUUUUCUAUUCUUUACGAAAGAAUGAAGAAUUGCAACGUUAAACGAUGUGAUACAGAAGGCGUCUUGGUCGAUAAUUUACUCUCGGUUAGCUUUAGGUAGAAUGAAGAUUAUCUUAGGUAUAAUGGGUAUCGAAGAUGGUGGAUCUAACGGAACGACUGUCAGCAUUCCAAGUUGCAUUAAUAUGAACAUGGCUGAUCUUCUGGCGCAAUACUUCAACAAUCCUAUGGUUGUCGAUAUAAAAUUCUCUAAUGGAAGUUCGGUUAUUAGUGGAUGCAACGCAACUGUCAAUCACGAAAAAUUACCAACAAACCGCGUGAUCAAAUCUUGUCAAGAAGCUCAAAAAUCUGGAACUUACAUUCUUAACCAUAAUGAAAAUAAUAUCACCGUGUAUUGUGAUGCUGACUAUGAAUCGGGUGGAUGGGUUGUCAUUCAGCGCAGAUUUCUGGGAACGUUAGACUUUUAUCGGACUUGGGCCGAAUACAAACGAGGCUUUGGCAAUUUAGAAGAAGAAUUUUGGCUGGGCAAUGACAACAUUUAUCAGUUGACCAAGGAUAAACCUCGUGAGAUUCAUUUCGUGAUGACCGAUUGGGAUGACAGGACGGCCGUAGCAAAAUAUUCAUCGUUCCAGAUUGGAAGUGAAGAACAAAAAUAUGUACUCAAGAGUGUUGGACUGUAUAGUGGUACCGCUGGAGAUUCGUUUUCGAAACAUUUGAGUUACAAGUUCUCUACUCAUGAUCAAGAUAAUGAUGAACACAGCCAAAGUUGUGCUGUUCUCUAUCACGGAGCAUGGUGGUAUAGUUCAUGUCAUGCUGCUAAUUUAAAUGGGAAAUAUGUGAGAGGAGAAGUCAUCGAAUAUGCUACAUCGAUGUGCUGGAAAGCAUUUAUGGGGUACAACUAUGGAUUGAAGACAUCCAAAAUUCUGGUUAGAAUUUAGAAGAUGUGAUACAGAAGUAACAGAUUAGCUUGAAUCACUUGCAAUCAAUUUGAAAAUGCGCCAUAAACGUUUUGCAAUGGAGUCUUGGUUCUUUCUUUAAUGUUAACAAUAAUAAAAUUCAUCUCGCACUAGUAUUCAUGUCAAAA